UUUGGGUGUUCUGCAUUUGUGGUGACGCGGUGGUGGGAUGGGGAUGGAUCAGGAGGAGGAGGACCGGGGGAUGGCGAGCCUGCUGGCGGCGCGGCGGGCGCUGCGGGCCGGGGUGGAGAAGUCGCGGGCGCUCAGCCACGCGCUCGCGCGGACGGGGCCCAAGCUCGGGGAGAUCCAGGCCCGGCUGCCGGCGAUGGAGGCGGCGGUGCGCCCGAUCCGCGCCCCGCGGGACGCGCUCGAGGGGGCCGGCGAGUACAUUGACCGCGCCGUCGCCCCCGCCGCGGCCGUGCUCAAGGUGUUCGACGCCGUGCACGGCCUCGAGCCGCCGCUCCUGGCCAGCUCCGCCGUCGCGGAGGACCUCCCGGGGUACCUCGCGGUGCUGUCCAGGCUCGAGGAGGCGCUCCGCUUCCUCUCUGAUAACUGCGGCCUCGCCUCCCAGUGGCUCGCCGACAUCGUCGAGUACCUCGGGGACCGCAGCCUCGCCGACCCUCGCUUCGUGUCCGACCUCGCCGAGGCGCUCUCCCAUCUCAAGACUCCCUCCGCCAGCCUCGACGGCGGCCUCCUAGCCGCUGCCCUGGACACUCUUGAGUCCGAGUUUCGUCGGCUCCUCGCGGAACACUCCGCUCCGCUCGCCAUGAAAGAAUCCAACAGCUCUGACCCCGGCUCAAUCACGGCGCCACGGAUCCCCGCCUCCGCCGUGCACAGGCUAAGCUUGGUCCUUGACCGACUCGCUGCCAAUGGGCGGCUCAGCACCUGCACGGCUGCCUAUGCCGACGCUCGUGGGGACACGGUUAGCGCCAGCCUUCGCGCGCUCGGCCUUGAUUACUUGCACAACCCCACUGAGGACGCUCAGGUUCUCACCCCAAGCGUCGAGCGUUGGGGGCGGCAUCUAGAGUUUGCUGUGCGCCACCUCCUGGAGGCUGAGCGAAAGCUCUGUGUUGCGGUGUUUGAGCGGAGACCUGAGGCCGUAUCCUCAUGCUUCGCGGAGAUUGCGUCGCGCGCGGGCAUUCUUGAUUUCCUCAAGUUUGGCCGUGCUGUAUGCGAUGCCAGGAAGGAUCCCAUCAAGCUUUUGCGGUUGCUCGAUGUGUUUGAUUCUUUGAGCAAGCUAAGAAUGGACUUCAACCGGUUGUUUGGUGGGAAGGCAUGUGUAGAGAUCCAAACCCGCACCAGAGAGCUUGUCAAGAGGGUGGUGGAUGGUUCUGUGGAGAUAUUUGAGGAAUUGCUCGUGCAGGUGGAGCUGCAGCGCAAUAUGCCACCUCCAUCUGAUGGCGGAGUGCCACGCAUAGUUAGCUUUGUUGCCAAGUACUGCAACCAGCUCCUUGGGGAUCCAUAUCGCUCCGUGCUUACGCAGGUGCUCACCAUCCAUCGCAGCUGGCGCAAGGAAACCUUCAAUGACAAGAUGCUCGUUGAUGCGGUGCUUACUAUUGUUAAGGCCCUUGAGGCCAACUUUGAAGCAUGGUCAAAAUCGUAUGAGGAUGUGACGCUAUCGUAUCUCUUCAUGAUGAACACGCAUUGGCACUUCUUCAAGCACCUGAAAGGUACUAAGAUGGGUGAGAUCUUAGGUGAUGAAUGGCUCAGGGAGCAUGAGCAGUACAAGGAUUACUACUCAGCAGUGUUUCUGAGGGAGAGCUGGGGAACACUUGCACCUCUAUUGAGCAGGGAGGGUAUAAUCUUGUUCUCCAAGGGUCGGGCUACAGCAAGAGAUUUAGUGAAGCAGCGGCUUAAAUCGUUCAAUGCAAAUUUUGAUGAGAUGUACCAGAAGCAAUCCAAAUGGAUCAUAUCAGAUCGGGACCUGCAACAGAAGACAUGCCACCUUGUGGUACAGGCUAUAGUGCCUGUAUACCGGAGCUUCAUGCAGAACUAUGGGCCACUUGUUGAUCAGCAAGACGCCAGUGCCAACAAGUAUGUGAAGUUCACUGCUGAAGGCCUGGAUAAGAUGCUGAGCACACUCUUCAUGCCCAAGCCAAGGAGAGCAGGAAGCUUCCAGAUGAAACACUCAAACGGCAAGAUCACCAGCGCAAUGACGGGGUUGUAUCGAAGUUCUUCAACAUUGAAGUAGCUUCAGUUGAAGUUUAGGGGCAUUGGAUGUACAAUUUGUGCAAUACCAUUAAAGAUCCCGGUUGCCCGGGAAACAUAAUAAUGGCCAAGUGACAAGAGCAGCUGGAUCAUAACAAGAACUAAAGCUUCUCCAGUACUGACUGACAUUUGGUGAGGAGAAGACGACUGACUCGCUUCACAUAUCUGUGCAGUCUCCUCCACCCGGCUGUUUCUGUCGCCUCUGUUAUUAUCUCUAGCAGUAUACUCGAUUCAUUUUAGGAACUUUUAUGUGGGGAGCAUAAGAUGUGUACUCACUUACCUGGUAUGUGUAAAAGAUUGGUUGUAUUUCAGGGGGGUAUUUAGUUGUUCCACAUAAGUUUUAAUUUUGUCACCUUGCAAUGAAAUAUAUGGAAAGUAUAUUACCUCUUUUGAUCAAAAUGAUUGCUGAUCAGAUGAUGCAACAAUAAACCUCUCAAAUUUAUAUUU